UCGAAGUUGAAGGGAAAAUCAACUGUUUUCUAACAAUGGUAGACGAAAGGAAUUUCCGCUCUACUUAUUACGAAAAAGUCGGCUGCCGGAGUGUCGAGGAGAAGAAGUCGUUGAACAUCCUUCUCAAAGACCGCCCCCUGAAUCGUAUAAAGUUGAAGCAGUUCUGCCUGAGUUUCACAGUUCCUACAGCUGAAAGGAGUCUACUAUGGAAUCUGAUUUUAGGGAUUAUGCCAGUGUAUACGAAUUCGACUAAGUAUGUUAAGGACCAAAGGGAGGAGGCUUACGAGGAUGUCCUGCGGGCUGUGAAGAUCAUGCGAUACGUUGAUGAGAAAACGCCGAGAUCCAGGGUGUUUUACGUAAUGUGGUUACUGGAGAAUAAAAAGCUUCAUAGCGACGUUAAUAUAUAUCAAGACAGCAACUUUGUCAACAUCGUGGAGGUCCUACUGCAAACAUUCGAGUCUGAUUAUGAAGUCUACUGGGUGGCCAAAGAGUUCUACGCAUUCACGGUAGAGAUACAAAACGAUUUCCCAAAACUAAAGGAGUUGACUUUUAAUCUAUUGGAAAAAGAAGAUGCAGAGCUGUAUUCACAUUUAGAAAAACACGAUAUUCUCCAACACAUACCUCUAGAGAGUUGGUAUGCAAAUUGUUUUGCGAGCACGAUAAGUGAACCGGCACUAAUUCGCAUUUGGGAUAAAAUAUGUGGGGGGUCGAGAAAGAUUGUAGUUUUCGUAUUUCUAGUCCUUUUAAAAACAUUGAAGAUGAAUUUCAUGCGAUGCAAUGAUUUGAAGCAAUUCUGUGAUCAUAUGGAGAAGAAAACUGAAGAUCAAGACGAUUUAAUUGUUAAACAAGCAAUCGAGGUUUGGCAGAAUAAUAAGAAUCAUAACGAGUUCAUGGUGCAUCAUAAGAAUAAUUGACAUUUUAGCUGUAAGUUCCCAACUUGCUUGAAGCAAGCACCAUUUAUGUCAUUAAUCAUACUCAAAGUGAAAUGAAUCCUGUUUAAAGUUUAUACGAUGAAAUGCUAAAUAAAACACGUUUUGUACCUAAA